AUGUGGCGGGAGUUGAGCAGGACUGGGCGGGAGCCCCACGGGGUGAACCCGGCAGUGGCGGUUCCUGGCGAUGUGGAGGCGUUCCAGGACCUGCAGAGGCGGCAGUCAGCGUCCGGCCGCCCCUCGGUGCCCCGCCCGCCCCAGGCAGGCCCCGAUCCCGGCGUGGGGACCCACCCGGAGCCGCUGCUGCUUACGGUCCCGCCGGCGCCGCAGCCUGGCCGCGCUGUGCAGCUCCAGCAGCCGCUGCAGAGCCGUCUCCUGCUGCGCCGCGCUCAAGCCUGCAGGCGCCUUGGCGCUGCUGAGGGGCGCCGGCCACGCGGCCUUCUAGGCCUUGGGACGCUCAGUGCCGGCCCCCCGACCCCGGAGGACACCCGGAAGCCGAGACUGGCCCUCCUCCUCCUCCCCCGGGCCGGGGCCCACUCCAGCGCCCUGCAGCCUGUGCGGAUCGCGCUCCAGGCCUGGGGUCGCCGGAGAGCCCCGAGGAGCCCCUGCUGCCCGGAUACCUCGGCGCGCAGGGUCGCUGGCAUCACGGCUUCGGCUCCGCGACCUGGGAGCCGCCGCCGGGCCGCAAAAUCAAAGGAAAUUCGAGAUGAAAUUUUAGGCCAGAGCCUGGCCUAAAAACUGCAAGUGUUCAUAAUUAACAAAAGAAAUCUAAAAAAAGAGAUGAUGUGUUGCCGCUCCCCUGCAGCUGUGGAGGAAGGAGAGCUGUUCUGCAUUCAUAAAACCAGUUAAAAGGGAUUUCAUAAGGUCUGAAAUUGAGAACUUUCCCAAGAAUACUGCAUCCUGUUCUCUUGUGCAAUAUACAGAUGUGUGAAUAUUCCUAACAGUAACCAAACGGGUGCACUCUCUGUGAAAAUACGUCUUUCCAAGAGUUUUUUGAACAAAGGCAACUCCCGGGCCUUUAGAAGUAAUUGCUACAAACUGUAAAAACAAUUUCCAACCUCCCACUUCUGUAAUUCUCAUCUGUUGUCUUACUAGAAAAUUUAUUUCUCUGGUAAUAAUGUAAUUGAUAUCCCUGUCUUCUCAAGAUGUAAAAUACUUGUAAAAACUUCUCUGUCCAUCAGAAAAUAAUUAUUGGCACUUUUCUUCUCUCUCAUGUGCAUGAUGGAACAAUAAAAAGCUUAUGGCUCUGCUAGAUCUAUUAUUUAACAAACAA